AUGUCCUCGGCACACUCGUCACGUCCACACACGACCCUCCGGUCCCCGACCAAGCCAUCAGCAGCAGGGCACACGUCUGCGUCGUCACCGCGCUCGUCGCGACACGGCCACGGCCACGGCCACCCAGCACCGGUCGUCACCGCCAGCGCGGGCUGCUUCGUCUCUGCCGACGCCAGGAUUGAGGGAACUCUCAACCUCGGCAUCGGGUGUGUGCUGCAUCCGCGCUGUGCGGUCCUCGUUGGACCCGGAGCGUCCUUGACCAUGGGUUCCGGUUGCGUUGUGGAGGAGAACGCCGUCGUCCGCUUUGCAGGUCCCGGCGCGGCCACGCUCGGUUCCAACAACGUCUUCAUGGUCGCGUGCGUCGCGGACCUGGUCGCCGAUGCCGGGGGGAACAGCAUGGGCAGCUGGAACUCGUUCGCGCCCCGCAGCUGUGUCGAGGGGGUGCGCGUCGGUGACCAGUGCACGUUCGCCGCUGGGACAGCUACAAAUGCGUCGCACCCGUUCCUCCAGGUUAAAGGUGACGAGGGCAAGGCGGCGGCCGACAGCGACGGAGACGCGUUCAUGCGCACCACCGGCCACCCAGCCGCCGGCGCCGCGCCCCCGCUCGUGCCGUCGCGCACGGUCGUGCAUGGCGGCGCGUCAAAUGCGAGGACAUGGGAUGGGAGCGGGGAGAAGCAGGAGAUGGCGCUGCGGUCUGGCGCGACAGAGUACUUGAGGGAGGUGCUGCCAAAGUUCAACAAGCAACGAGCUCUCUGA